CGGAUGUCUGUCGUGAAGAAGGUUGACUCACGUUCACAAAACAAAACACAGACGGUAGGUUGACAUGUCUGGAAUUUAAUGGUUUCUGUGGGGAGCACAAGUGCUGCAGCGGUGCAGCUCAGGCCCUCUAAAGACAUCUAACGUUUUCUCAACAUCUAGCUACACAGCUCAAGGCGGACACCAUCUGGUGAGAAAUGGCAGAGGGAGGUUUUGACCCCUGUGAGUGCAUCUGCACCCAUGAGUAUGCUAUGAGGCGCCUAAUCAACCUGCUCAGGCAAUCUCAGUCCUACUGCACAGACACAGACUGCCCUCAGGAAUUGCCAGGUCCAAAUGGGCCAGUCAGCGGAGGAGGUGACCUGACCCUCCCCAUGGUUCUGAUGGGAUGGGCGGUGCUGGCUCUGCUCCUGUUCCUGUUGCGCCCAUCCAGUCUCAGGGGUUCCCGUCCCACAGGCAAACCUACUGGACCACACAAUAGCGAUGGAAGAGAGCCUCCAGCACCCCCUAUUGACUAGCAGUGGAGAGUAGCAGCACUCGCCCACCUGCUCGUACUGCAGCUGCACAGUGAGACAGCGACUGUGACCAGGACAGUGCCAUCUCCCCCUCAUAAAUAUCUUUUUCUUUACUCAUAUUUUAAUACCAUUGUGUUUUGGGGUAGAUCUUAUUUCUAGAGCUCAACUGCUACUGGGUUAAUGAGCCCAAUACAGAUAUGAUAUUUCAAAGUUAUAAAACAUGGCUUUU